AUGAAUACCGGUCAGGAAGCUAAGUUCCCUCUUCACGAGGCUGCCCGGGAGGGUAAAACUCAAAUCGCCGAAUCUCUCCUCAGUGCCAACCCCAAGCUAGCAAACGUCAAAGAUGACGAUGAUCGUCUCCCCAUCCACUGGGCGGUAGCAUACAACCGCCUUCCGAUCGUGGAGCUACUGAUAUCCAGCAAGCACUUUGAUCCCGAUGUCGAGGAUGGCUCCGGCUGGACACCUCUCAUGAUUGCAUCCAGCUUGAAGAACGCUGAAGGCGAUCCGAUCAUCGACCUCCUGCUCAAGAAAGGCGCCGACGUAAGCACGAAGAGCGUCUCGGGCCAGAACGCCCUCCACUUCGCCACCUCCAAAGCCAAUCUCUCCACCGUCCGCACCCUCAUCGCCAACAAGUGCAGCGCAAGAGUAAAGGAUAGGCGCGGACAACUACCUCUGCACCGGGCAGCGGCGAUUGGGUCGUCGCCCAUCAUCAAGAUUCUCCUGGAAGAUGGAAAAAGCCCCGUGAAUGCAACGGAUAUAGAUGGGCUGACGGCUUUACAUCACGCGGUGUCAGAGGGCCACGGCGAUGCGGCGAUUACGUUGCUCAAGGCUGGGGCCGAGGCGGAUAAGAGGGAUUCGAAUGGCGUUUUGGCCAUUGAUAUGGCUCCGGAUAGCAAGGUACGGAGCUAUAUCCUGCAAACGGCGGAGAGGGAGGGGAUUGAAUUAUAG